AUGGAGAAACGCUUUGUCUUGGAAACAAUACAACGGGAUUCUUCCUCCUUUUUGAACUGUCUGAACGCCAUAGCCGCCAGUCUCGCUGCCUUGCAGACUCUAGUCGAUAGGGAUAAUCGCGAACCGACAGAUCAUAGCGACUACGAGGCGGAGCUGUCCAUUAUCCUGUCCAAGACAGGCCGCGAUAUACCGGAGUCCGAGGCAAUGUCGUAUGUCUUGGGGUAUACCUGUAGCCACGAUGUUAGUGCUCGAACGCAGCAGUUCAAGAACAGCCAGUGGUGUUUCUCAAAGGGUCUUGAUGGAUCGUGCCCAUUAGACCCGGUUCUUGUGUCUCCAUCUGCCAUUGGCGAUCCCCAUAGUCUCAGAAUCAGAGCCAUCCACAACGGCCAUGUGGUGCAAGCCUCGAACACCAGGGAAAUGAUCUUUGGGAUUGCCAAAACCAUUUCGUUCCUGUCUCAGGGAACCACUCUCAAACGGGGCACGGUGAUCAUGACCGGAACAGGCCCGGGAAUUGGAGCUAUGCUUACACCUAAGGUUGUUUUACAGGACGACGAUGAUAUGAGAGUGGAGGUUGAGAACAUUGGGACAUUGGUCAACAGAGUUUACUAUGAGUAAAUAUGUUUGGAGCUGAUUCAUGGCUACCCUUUUGGCCGAGUGGUAGAAUGGCAGGGCCAUCCAUCC